AUGUCUGCCUCGUGUUCCGCGCUGAGACGGCUGACCCACAGGUCUCCCCGCACUUUGCCAUCCCGCAUCGUCUCCGUCUCCAGGCCCUCCUCCCGCAUUGUCGCUCUCAACUCCUUCACCAAGGCCGUCAACUCUUGCGCUCCCCGAGUUUCACAGUUCUCGACAAUGACUGUUCUUCAGCAUGGUGCUCCCUCUGCUCCAACAGAGAGGAGCUAUGAUCCCGAGAUCAAGGAUAUGGCUGAUUAUGUUCACAACUACAGUGUGAACUCUGAUUUGGCGUAUGACACUGCCCGUCUGGUCUUCCUUGACACCCUGGGUUGCGGAUUGGAGGCCUUGAGAUUCAAGGAAUGCACCAAGCUGUUGGGCCCCGUUGUGGAGGGUACUGUUGUCCCUAACGGUACCCGUGUCCCUGGUACUCCCUACCAACUGGACCCUGUCAAUGGUGCCUUCAACAUUGGUGCCAUGAUCCGGUGGCUUGACUACAAUGACUGCUGGCUUGCCGCCGAAUGGGGUCACCCCUCCGACAACCUGGGCGGUAUUCUCGCUGUCGCUGACUGGAUCUCCCGCACCAACCGUGCCGGAGGUAACCUCGGAAAUGGCAAGAUUGUGAAGGUCAAGGAAGUGCUGGAGGCUAUGAUCAAGGCCCACGAAAUCCAGGGUGUUCUGGCCCUGGAGAAUUCGUACAACAGGGUCGGCCUGGACCACGUUGUGCUGGUCAAGGUUGCCACCACUGCUGUGGUUGCCAAGAUGCUCGGUCUCAACGAGAAGCAGACCGCCGAUGCCAUCACCCAGGCUUGGGUGGACGGCCAGAGUCUCCGUACCUACAGACACUCCCCCAACACCAUGUCCAGAAAGUCGUGGGCUGCUGGUGAUGCUUGCCAGCGUGCUGUCAACCUUGUCCUAAAGGUACAGAAGGGUGAGGGCGGUGUUCCCACUGUCCUGUCCGCCCCCGUCUGGGGUUUCUAUGACGUUCUGUUCAAGGGCAACAAGUUCAAGUUCCAGCGCCCUUACGGCAGCUACGUCAUGGAGAACGUCCUUUUCAAGGUUUCCUACCCAGCCGAGUUCCACUCUCAGACCGCCAUUGAGUGCGCGCAGAUUAUCAACAGGAAGCUGGCAGCUAUGGGCAAGAGCGCCAAGGACAUCAAGGAAAUCACCAACCGGACCCAUGAGGCUUGCAUCCGGAUUAUCGACAAGCAGUUCAAGGCUAUGGACAACUUUGCGGACCGUGACCACUGUGUCCAGUACAUGGUUGCCACCAUGCUGGCCUUCAACCGCCUGACCGCCGAGGACUACGCUGACGGCUCCGAGGCCGCCACCUCGCCUCUGGUUGAGGACCUGCGCAAGCGCAUCCGCUGUGUGGAGGACCCUCAGUUCACCCGUGACUACCACGACCCUGCCAAGCGCACCAUCCCCAACGCUCUGACUGUUACCCUGAAGGACGGCACUGUUCUCGAGGCGGUCGUUGUUGAGGCUCCCCUGGGACACCGCUUCAGACGUGAGGAGGCCAAGCCCGAGAUUUUGUCCAAGUACAAGCGCCACCUGGAGUCCCACUUCGACCAGGCCCGUAUUGACGAGCUUCUGCAAGUUGGCUUGGACCGUUCUACUCUAGAGAACUACGAUGUUGACAAGUACGUUGAUCUCUAUGUCAAGGACAAGAUGGUCGUUUCUGCUCAAUGA